GAAUGUGGAGCAGACUAAACUCAUUCCACUGCUGGGUGUGAAUCCUAAACAUUUUCUCAGGAAGUUGCCAAACCUAUUUGGGAGUGGCCUUUGUGUAUAACUUUGCGAACUUGGCUUCAUCAGAACAAGUUUUCCUUGUUAACUUGAAGAAGACUCUUUACACAAUGGCAUCACCAAACCCUCAAACCAAAGCCAACGCGGGCUUCUCCGUGGUUCUGUUUAAAAAGCUUGGUGAGAAGGACAAGACUGCAAACAUCUUCUUCUCCCCCUUCAGCAUCUCCUCAGCCCUUGCCAUGGCGAUGCUGGGGGCCAGGGGUAACACAGCUACGCAAAUGUCAGAGGUCCUCUGCUUCACUAAGGCAAAGCAACCAACGGAGGAAAAACAAGAAGGGAUGAUGAUGCAGUCCCCAAUGCAAAUGCAAAUCAAGACACGAGAGCAGAUGCGGAAGCAGUUUGAACAGUCCACCAGGCUGCCACAGUAUCUGAGAAAGGUUCUGAAACGUGUCGAAGGUGAGGAUGAUGUUCACGCUCACUUUCAACGACUUUUGCCCGAAUUCAACAAAACAAAUACUGGGUAUGCCCUCAGUCUUGCCAACAGGCUGUAUGUAGAGCAAACCUACCCAGUUAAUGAGGAGUUCCUUGGAGAAACAAGGAAGUACUACCAAGCUGAACUUGAGUCAUUGGAUUUCAAGAAAAAUGAAGAGGUGGCCAGGAAAAAAAUUAACAGCUGGGUAGAAGAGAAAACACAAGGUAAAAUCAAGGACCUGAUCAACAAAAAGCUGAAAAAAGAAGUCAUAAUGGUACUGGUCAACGCCAUCUAUUUCAAAGGCAAAUGGAACCAACAGUUCAACGAAGACUUGACUCGUGAAGCUCCAUUUAAAAUCAAUAAGAAUGCCACUAAGCCAGUGGAGAUGAUGUCCCAGAAUAGUAGAUUCAAUUACACCUUCAUCUCGGAAGUCAACUGCCAGAUCCUAGAGAUGCCUUAUGAAGGGAAAGACGUAAGCAUGCUCAUCUUCCUGCCCAAUGAAAUAGAGGAUGACACAACAGGCUUGGAGAAGUUGGAGCAGGAACUCACCUAUGAAAAAAUGAUGACGUGGACUCGUUCAGACAACAUGGAGUUAGAAGUUGAGGUCCAGGUGGGCCUGCCUCGAUUCAAAAUGGAGGUGACUUAUGAGUUGGGGAAAGUCCUGGUCGGCAUGGGCAUGGUGGAUGCUUUUGAUGAGAAUAAGAGUGACUUCUCUGGCAUUUCUCCUGCAAAUGACCUGGCAUUGUCAAAAGUCAUCCAUAAGGCUUUUGUGGAGGUCAAUGAGGAGGGAACCGAGGCUGCUGCAGCCACCGCUCUCAUUAUGAAAAUCACCUCAAGAGGUCCACCUAAAGUUCCCAAAACCUUCAUCGCUGACCAUCCCUUCCUCUUCUUCAUCCGACAUAACCCCUCCAACACAAUCCUGUUUGCUGGUCAAUACACCUCCCCUGAGUGAGCUUGUACUGUGUAUUUCUGCAAUGAAUUCAUUUAACAUAACUGUAGCUUUCUUAUUUCAUCAUUUAAUUUCCCUCACUGGGUGAAUAUAGUAUCUAUGCAUCUAUUUUCUAGUCUAAUCAUGUCAUUCAUUAGUCACAAAGUGGAAAGUGUCUCUGGGAUUUUUUUCUGGCUGUUACAUUUUUUUUUUUUACCCUCAUAGAUACAUGUUAGCAAGGGAAGUUCAUGUGCAGCUUUUACCAUCACUUGUGUCUGCUGAGUUAUUUGCAUUCGCUAAAAUAUUUUUUUGCAAACUUCACAAGCAAUUAAAUAGUUUUUCAUAUUGUGA